ACAGGAGGAUGUUGUAUUCCUAGGACUCAAAAAUACAAGGCUGUUGCUGGAAAGUGGAAAUGUUUAUGGGCCUGGGCGGGUCUAAGUAAAGUCGAAAGGUAUUGUAUACGGGUCCUAUAAUACCCUAAUAAUAAGCAGAAAACCAGAAUUCAAACAGUUACACUUUUUUUUUCAAUAUCAUCAUGAAUAUUACACAUUAUAAAUUGCUGUAAGGUAUACCUCUCACAGAGCAGUCAAGUGUAUAGCAUUGGAAUCGUUUUCAAAAUUUAAAUUCAAUUUAAUUUUACGUUCAUAUCAGUUAUCAUGCAUAUGCCCUGCUAAAGUUUAUAAUUCUAUUAAUAGACAGUUAAGGUGAAGAAUUGGGCUCCUUCGUUGUCUCUUGUAUUCUAACUAAGGCGCCGGACCUCUUUGCAGGCUGACCAAAUUCACAUAGCUUGACUUGUGAACAAUCAUGCCAUCCUUGAUACUACACACUAAACCGCCUUAUAGCAUAUAUAUGUAUUAUUUCCUCUUUCACUUACAACAUUAUUUCCACAGGUUAACUUUGGACGUGUUAACAUUUAAACACGUUUUCAAAAAUGUGAGGACAACGCAACGAAGACGUGUUUCUGUAUCGAUAAUUGUCGAUGUACAAAUCAUGCAGGAUCUGCAACAUUUUGCUCGAGCAAGCGAUUAUUUCCUGGGAAAAACAAAGGACGAAAUAGGAUCUGUUAUUCUAAACGUGCUGGAGACGCAUCUACAGGACAUUUACGGAGAGUUGGCUGUAAAAUGUAUUAAUGAAGGUACGAAU